AUGAAGGGCCCUACUCUGGCAGCAUUGGUCUUCAUCGGCCAUGUCCUUGCCUCCGAAAACUCCUCUGUAGGCAUUCUCGGCCACAAUGGCGUUGAUCUCGGAUCCUGGAAAUCCGCCUACGAGCGUGCCUCCAAAUUUGUCUCCAAACUCAACACCACCCAAAAGGUCUCCAUCGUAACAGGCGGUGCCGCUACCAUCGACAAAGAAACUUUCCCCGGAUUUGACUUCAACGACGGCUCCAUGGGCCUGCUGGAAUACUACUACGUCUCUGCCUUCAGUCAAUCCUCUGCUCUGUCUAUGACAUGGGACAAAGAUGCCGUUCACGCACAAGCUCGCGCCGUCGCACGCGAAUUCUAUCAGAAAGGCGUGCAGGUUGUUUUCGGCCCGACCUCGCAACCUCUCGGCCGGACAGCAUGGGGAGGACGCGCAGGCGAGACGUUCGGUCCGGACCCAUACCUAAACGGCAUCGUCACGGCGGAGACAAUCAAGGCGUAUACAGCGGAGGGUGUGGUUUCGCAGGCGAAGCAUUUCCUCCUCAACGAACAAGAAACGAACCGCACAAACAACAUUAUCGCCGGGUAUGAUUCCAUGUCCGAGAGCGAGAAGCGGAACUUCUUGGGCCCGUACUCCGCCAACGCGGACGAUAAAACUAUCCAUGGGUUGUACCUCUGGCCGUUCUAUGACGCGGUUAAGAGCGUUGAGAACUAUAAUCUCUUGAUGGAACUCCUCAAAGAUGAGUUGGGUUUCCCGGGGCUGGUGUAUCCCGACGUCAGUGCGCAGCAUGCCGGACUUGCGUCUGCAGCUGGAGGAUUGGAUUACGGUUCGUCGACGUAUUGGAGCGAGUCAGCUAUUACCUCGAUGGUGAGAAAUGGGUCGUUGUCUGUGCAGCGGUUGAACGACAUGGCCAUUCGCAAUGUCGUCCCGUAUUACCAGCUCAAUCUGGACAAUGGGAAGCAGCCGGCGACAGUGGGAGAGACGGACUAUGUGGAUGUUCGGGCGAACCAUUCUCGAUUGAUUCGGGAGACUGGAGCAAAGUCUAUUGUUCUGCUUAAGAAUGUGGAUGGGGCUUUGCCACCCCAGAAGCCGCACAUCAUGGGCGUCUUCGGUGCCAAUGCUGGUGCUGCCAUGGCCGGACCCAAUUACGCCUAUAACCCCAUCACCGGGUCCGGUCCGACAUAUGAUGGACAUCUGGCCACGGGAACGGGAUCAGGACAGGCCUCGUUCCCAUUAUUAGUGACGCCGCUGGCUGCAUUGACCUUCCGGGCGCUACAAGAUGGAACGAUGCUCCACUGGAUUCUGAACGACACGUACACGUCCAGCGAGACCUCUGCUCUGUGUGCCGGAACGGGCGUCAUGCCAGGGUACGUCAACUACGCGCAGGACUCCGACGUGUGUCUAGUCUUCAUCAACGCUCUAGCCGGUGAAGGCGAAGAUCGCACAGAACUGUACAACAACAAUCAGGACACCAUGAUCAAGACGGUCGCAGAUAACUGUAACAACAUGAUUGUGGUGAUCAACACCAUGGGCCCACGACUAGUCGACCAAUGGAUCGAGCACGAGAACGUCACAGCAGUCCUAUAUUCUUCUCUUCUAGGCCAAGAAUCAGGCAACUCCAUCCUGGACGUGCUAUACGGGGAUGUGAAUCCAAGCGCGCGACUAACCUACACCAUUGCAAAGAAUGAGUCGGAUUACAAUGUACGAGUUUGCGAUACCUCCGAGUGUGAUUUCACCAAAGGGGUAUACAUCGACUACCGCUACUUCGACACCUACAACAUCACUCCCCGGUACGAAUUCGGCUACGGUCUCUCCUACACCAAUUUCACCUAUAGCAAUCUUACUGUCCCAUCCAUCGGAUCCCUCUCUGACGUUAUCGCAAAUGUCACAGUGACUGUUACGAAUACCGGUGACCGCGCUGGAGCUGAUAUCCCGCAAUCGUACAUGUCGUAUCCCGACAGUGCGGAACAGCCGGUCCGUCAGCUUCGAGGCUUUGAGCGGGUGGAGUUGGCCCGGGGAGAGAAAUCGACGGUGACAUUUCCGAUUCGCAGACGGGAUGUCUCGUUUUGGGAUGUGCAGGCGCAGAAAUGGGCUGUUAAACAGGGUGAGUAUAUGUUUAGGGUUGGGGCGAGUUCGAGGGAUUUGAGGUUGGGGGGGACGGUGACUGUCAGGACGGAGUAG